AUGGAUAUAUCGAAACAAGAAGCGCCCUUUCAAUUUCAUUUGGAACAGACGAUUCUCGUAUGGGCACCCAGUGCAGCGUUCGCCUCGCCGGAGGCUAAAAAUGCCGCCAUCUGUGCAAACUCACCCAGCUUAGACCAAAUAUCCCACCCAAGUGCCACCGAUAUUAUUCUGCCGCAGGGCGCAACGACAGAAGGAUGUAAUAAAAUAACUCAUCUUUUCAUCAAGCAGGCGACGGUUCUAAAGAAAAUUCGCAUCGUCUCCAUCGACGAUAUUUAUUCCAAGGAGGUUUAUUUCUACACAGAGCUCGCGAAGAUCCUCAACCAUUUACAAAACGAUGCGAACAUUCCGGUAACAGAGAGAUUCAAUAUCGCUAAAGGCUACGAAGAAAGCAGCGAGAAGAAGAUUAUACUUGAAAAUUUAACCAGGAAAGGGUACAAAACUUUUAACAGAGCCGAAGGACUGACGUUGAAGUGUGCAGAGCUAUCGAUACAGCAGCUGGCGAAGUUCCACGGGUUGUCUCUGGUAAUGCAAGAAAGGAUGCCCGAUUACUACGAGAUGAAAAUUAAGAAGCAAAAGUAUCCAAUAACAUUCGACGAUGAUUGGAACGGUCUGUUGGCCAAUAUCGUCGGCAAGGUCAUCGACGCUUUGGAAGGCAACAUGAAGGGAAAAGUCGAGAAGUUGCUGACGAAAAUGCAGAAUGAUUAUCAACAGUAUCUGAUUGAUGAUUCGGCAGUGAGUGUAUUGUGUCAUGGCGACUACAAACCGCACAACGUAAUGAUUAAAGAGGUGGCUGGCAAGAUAGUGGAUGUGAUACCGUUGGACUACCAACUGAUGUACCACGGAUGCCCUGUCACCGACUUCGUGUUCUACAUAUUCAGCGGCACGGACCAGCUGUUCAGGAGAUACCACCUGGAGCGCCUGAAGAGCCUGUACCACGAAUGCAUGGGGAGGUUCCUGAGGUACUUCGGUAUGGACAUAGAGACGGUAUUCCCGCGCGAACAGUUCGAGCAGAUGUACAAAGAGAGGCUUUUGUUCGGACUGAUGACUGGUACCUUCAUGUCGUACUUCGUUUUCGUACCAGAAGACGACGUGCCCGAUUUGGAAAAUAAUUCCCUGUCCGAGUUAGCAGUUAACCCCGAUCGUGGCUUCGUCGGUUGGGUGCGCGGACUUAUGGACGAUUUCGUUAGGUGGGGAUAUUUG